UUUCACAGUGCGUGGGUGAGCGCGUGCAUGUGGGCGUGCGCGCGCGUGUGUCGCAUGUGUGAGUGACGGUGCCUGACGAGAGUUUUUCAGCGCGGCUGGAAAACGUCCGCAUCUCCGGUGCUGUCACCGCUCCGCACCGCGGCCACAGCCCCGUGUUCGCUUCAUGCAAGUUCCCGUCCCGGCUGCACAACCGUCGGCCAGCGAUGACUGAGAGCCCCGCCACCAAGCCGGCCGCCGGGGAAGUGUGUCAGCGGGUGAAGAACGGACUGAAGCCGGAGAGUAACGGCUUGCUGAGGAGCCUCCACCGCUGCCACGAGCGGCAGCACAAGCGCCACUGCCACCCCGAGGAGGAGGAGGUCCACACAUCCUCCCAUGAUGGCAGCCUGUACAAUCAGCCAUUUAUCGAGUCGUUUGAGGAGACGCCCAUGCUGGUGGCGGUGCUCACCUACAUGGGCUACGGCAUCCUGACGAUCUUCGGGUACCUUCGUGACUUCCUCCGUCACUGGAAGAUCGAGAGUUGCCACAUCGCCAGAGAGAGGGAAGAGCAUAAGGACUUUGUGCCACUCUACCAGGAUUUUGAGAACUUCUACACCAGGAACCUCUACAUGCGGAUCCGAGACAACUGUAGCAGGCCCAUAUGCAGCGCCCCCGGGGCCAAAAUGGACCUGCUGGAAAGAGUGUCCCAAGACUACAACUGGACGUUUGAGUACACAGGUCGGGCUUUGCUGGAUGUGAUUAACCUGGGCUCCUAUAAUUACCUGGGCUUUGCUGAGAACACAGGUCCGUGUGUCGACUCUGCGGCAGAGGUCACCAUGAAGUACGGCGUCGGAGUUGCAAGCACCAGGCAGGAGAUGGGCAACCUGGACAGUCACGAGGAGAUGGAGAAAUUGAUGGCGAAGUUCCUCGGCGUGGAGUCAGCUAUGACGUUUGGGAUGGGGUUCGCGACCAACUCUAUGAACAUACCAGCGCUGGUUGGCAAGGGCUGUCUGAUCCUGAGUGAUGAACUGAACCAUGCGUCACUGGUCCUGGGAGCCAGACUCUCUGGGUCCACCAUCAGAGUCUUCAAACACAACAAUAUGCUGAGCCUUGAGAAACUGCUGAGAGAAGCCAUAGUUCACGGGCAGCCCAGGACUCACAGACCAUGGAAGAAGAUCCUCAUAGUGGUGGAGGGCAUUUACAGCAUGGAGGGCAGCAUAGUCCGCCUGCCAGAAGUGAUCGCCCUCAAGAAGCGCUACCGGGCUUACCUUUACAUCGACGAAGCCCACAGCAUCGGAGCCCUGGGGCUGAGAGGGAGAGGCGUGGUCGAUUACUUUGGUCUAGAUCCAAGCGACGUGGAUGUCAUGAUGGGCACAUUAACCAAGAGCUUUGGCGCCGCAGGGGGAUACAUUGCAGGGAAACGGGAUCUUAUUGAGUACCUGCGCUCCCAUUCCCACAGUGCAGCCUACGCCACCUCCAUGUCUCCUCCUGUGGUGGAGCAAAUUAUCACUUCAAUGAAGUGCAUUAUGGGAGAGGAUGGCACAACAAUAGGCCUUGAACGUGUUCGGCAGCUGGCAGAAAACACAGUCUAUUUCCGCAAGAGGCUUCGAGAAAUGGGCUUCAUCAUCUACGGCAACGACGACUCUCCCGUCGUGCCCAUGAUGCUCUACAUGCCUGCCAAGAUAGGAGCGUUUGGGAGGGAGAUGUUGAAGAGGAACAUCGGGGUGGUGGUCGUGGGCUUCCCAGCCACGCCCAUCAUCGAGUCCCGGGCACGCUUCUGCAUCUCAGCCGCCCACACAAGAGAGAUACUGGACAAGGCUCUGAGUGUCAUCAGUGAGGUUGGAGACCUGCUUCAGCUCAAGUACUCCCGGCACAGAAUACAGCCCUCGUUGGCGCGGCCUCUCGACGACAACGUGUACGAGGACAUUGACGACUGACUGUCCGCUCCUCUCACCAAGUGGCGUGAGCCUCGGCUGCCCCAGAAAAUACCGAACGGGUCAAGACGGAUCACAAGUCUUCCACAAGGAGCGAGAUGUGCACAGGUGCCCCUUGUCACUAGCUUGCCAUAAUUUACCCCUCCCCACUCAUACAAGAGGAAAAAUAUUUAAAACUAAUUCUACUUUGCCUUACCCAAACAUGCAAAACCUGUGGAAAACUCACUGAAAAACUGCACCUCUGCCUUUGUUUGUGAACUUUUUAUUUCUCUUUUAUAAGUGUGCAUCUAAGAUUUUGUUUCAGGGGGGUGGCACAUGUGUGUUUGUGUGUAUGUUUGCAGUGCUUGUGGCAUUCAUCACGUCAAACCUUACUGUUACGUAUGUGAAGUGGACAGAUGUGAGCUUUCCAAAUGCCUCUGCGUUUCUGGGAUAUUGUUCCUUAAUCAAAAUUCCAUACAAGUCCCUGCUCCUUUAGCUCCACCGACAAAGUCAGAGCCUGUUUGUUGGAACAUAAAAUGACACAAAAUGAAAUGUGCCUGAAAUAGAAAGACUUCACUUUCCAUCCAUGUCUGGAAUUCCUGACAAUUAAUGUUGCGUGCAAAAACAAUUGCCAAAUAUUAGGUGCUGAACAGCAAUUAAUAGUUUUUGGAAUGCAAACCUUUCAGGAAAUAGACAUAUCUACUUUCUUCCCAAAGUCAAUACCGUCAAAGCUUUUACUGAAAUUAGAUGAAGCUCGAGUCUGUCAACUGUCAUUUUUACUUUUUGUCUCAAACACACAAAACUUCGAACCUGUCAAAAUAAUAAAUUGUAGAGGUGCUGGGAUGCAAAUUGAACCAAAAUCAGCUGCACAUGGUUUCGUCCAUUAAAAACCAUCAAGUAUGUCUGUUUCGAUUCUAAGUGGGAAAAGUGAAACCGACAAAUCUCCAGCCACUCCUCCAAACACGAAGUGUCUUUUCUGACCUUCAAGUAAGAAAUAUUGAUCACUGACAUUUUCACUAAGAAUAACAAUCAGAUUUACAGCUGAUAUUUAUCCCACCAAUCCAAACUUAGAACAUUUAGUUAUGAGUAUAGUUGAGUUCAGUUAUCUUAUUUGCUGCCAUUGAAAAAUGGUAAGAAAUGAAAUUUGAUCCCCAAUGCUCAUGAACGUUUUCCGCCUCUUUUCACCACUUCUGUUACAUGUCACCAUCACUGGCAUCCUGUGUGUAUCCAGUGUUUUUGUUCUUGUUUGUUGUUUGUACCAUUUUAGAGUCUUACAUUUAAUGUAAUUCACAGAUCACAAGGGCGGAGUUGUAACUGUCAAAAUAGCCUUUUUUAUGAUUGGAAGGCUCAGUGUUAUGUAAGUGUAAGAGGGUCAGUUUAGUCAUUUUGAGGUAUGGAGAAGAAAAAAUUAUAUUUAUAUACUAAUCUCUCCAGGCCUGACAGGACAAUACUAAGAGGACUAAAGUAGACUGGGUGAAAUUCAGCAUUGAUAGACAUUUCCUGCAUUUCCACUUCAUGUCUUGGGUACGGAGCCGCAAAAGUCCUAAAAGGUGAUUGAUAUAUAUAUAUAUAUAUAUAUAUAUACAUGUUUGUGUGAUUUUUGUGCCCACAAAAUAACUUAUAUGUAUAGAUAAAUAUCUUGGUGCAGGGGGGAGUCAGUGAUAUCUCUUUUUAGGACACACAUGUCGUGAAGCCUUCCCUGAUUUGAUUUGGUUUUUAAUUUCCCUAUUUCUGAUUUGUCAUCCUGUAUUGGUUUUUACACAUCAAACUAUUUAUUUCUUCUAUUUCAAAACAGGUUUUAUGACUAGUCUGUUUUUUUACUUGCCGACACAGUAAAGCAUUUUGAAACGUGGUCUAGUUUAUUAUGUUUAAUACAAGAUAUUGACUCGUUCCCACACAGUAAGUGUCCUUAUUGCACAGGAUAAAUAUCUUGUUUGCACAAGAUAACCGUGUGGAAAAAGUUAAUGUUUGUAUAGUCUAUUCUGCACCUAUUUAAACCAGGGAAGUUGCUUCAUAGCUUUUUAAAGCUUUCAUUAUACGACAUGUGAAAAUAAAACUUGAUGAGCUGAGUUCGCUCUAUCACGGUGGCCGUGUGUAUCUUAAACCACGAUAGAUGCAUAUGAAAGCAAUGUAUUGUGUGCGGACAAGUUAUUUAUCUUGCGUGCACAAGAUUUAAAAAAAAAUCACCGUUUGGGACUUAAGGGCCUCUGUACUUGGUGCUUAUUAGUACUGACCUCAUUGCUUUGUGAUAUUGUUAAAAUGCCUUGCAAAACAAAGUGUUAUGUUUCUGCUGUGACUCAAACGUCAUUGAUAAUUUUAAAGUGUUUGUGUGUGUUGCUGCACUUUUAUUCUUGCUUCCAUGUACACACCCGUCUGUCUAUUGAACUCUCGGGUUAUCUUUACAAUGUGCUAUGGAGAUUUUAAACUCCCAUAUGAAGGCAGCUGUAAAAAAAUAAAUAAAUACACGUAAAAAAAAAAAAAAAAGUCCCACAUACAUACAAUUACUCUUGCACGUGUGCAAUCUGGCCAAUAUCAUGUUAGCACUUGUUCCAUGUAUCGCUGCAUGUACAGCUGCUCUACACCACAGCCAGAUACUGUGAUAUACACACUUCUGCUAUGAUGACCUGUUUUGAAUGUUGUGAUCCAAAUCUGCUUAGCUCCAGAGAAAGUUUGAGUUAACGUGUCUGUCAGGGUCCAGGAAGGUUGAUUUUUUUUUUAAAAUUAGUUUGAUUUCAAAUUGAUGUCACUGUAACUGUGGUGCUUGUGUCAUAGAAAUGAAUUUGUUUGUUAUUAUCCUCGAAGCAAAGUGUGACGAUGUCAUACUGAGGAAAGCAGGCGUUGACGACAUAUUUUAAUAUCAAAAUGUCCUUUACAUAAUAUGUUAAGUCUCCAAACUUCACCGCCCCAUGUCUGAUUUAUGAAGCAGCUUUAAAUAUAAUUUAGAGAAUCCUUCAGAAUUUUUAGUACUUAUACAAAAAAUAAGAAGAUGUACUGUUGUGACACUUCCACAGUAUGUUCCCAGAUGAUCUUAACAAUUAAACCACAUUGGUCUAAAAUAAACAAAGCAGAUUAACCUUCCUGCCUUUUUUAAGGUCUGUGAGCUUUGUUGGUGAAAGAGAACUGUGGAAGAGGGCCCCACUAUUUUGUACAAAGUUUAUUUUGUUGCCACGGGUUAGGGUUGAUGACAGUAUUUUGUUUACCAUGAAGUAACCAGAGAAAGAUUGUCGCCACUAUUAAAGGCAGCAUUUCUCGAAAGCACCGGAGCCGUGCCGAUAACGGAGGCAAUUAUUCCAUCGGCAUGUUAUCACACGUCAGAGAUAAGUAUCUUCUGAUACAGUGCCUUUUGAUGCCAAUGAUUUUCUAAGAAUUCUGACAAGAGUAAGUGUCAUUUACUUGGAUUGUUCAUCUUAAAGUCUAAUUGGUUUCUUUUACUACAACUGUGCUUAUUAUUAGUGCUGGGUGUGUUCUGUGUUGACUAAUGGCCAUGCAUUUGAUCAUAGUAAACGCACUAUUUGCGACAUAUCAGCAAGUGAUAAUUAUCAAAAAAUAAUGAAAACUGUUUGUAAAGUGUCACCCAUGUUAAUGAUACUAAAUCAUUAAACGAAUAAAAACAAAA